AUUCCCAAUACAUAAAUAUAUACUAUUUAUGAUAUGUUUCGAUACUAAAAGCUCAUAUUUCUAGUCACCAGCGAUAAUGUGCGCCAAGGGGGCGCUGCUUCCACAGGAUGCGGCCAAUUUGAGUGGCCAUCAGCUCGGCAGCUUGGCGCUGUGGACGCGUCAUCAGGUGUGCAACGAGGACACCAUGGCACACCUGGCGCUCAAAUACGGAACGACAAUCGGCCAAAUUUGUCGCGCUAAUCGCUUGCAUUGGCAGGACAUUCUGCAGACGCGUAGCUACAUUUGGUUACCAGUUUCUGGCAUACAACAGCCAACUCAGGAGGCCGAGAAUCAUCGACAGAUAUCGCCAGUGAUAACCCUUCCAAAUUACGGCAAAGUGUUGAUUGUGCCGCCGCAUUUCUAUCGCCAGAGUGCGCCCAAUCUGGAUGACUUUGCCGGCGAGUGCGAUCCGUUGCUGAUCACCACGCGCUGCAUGUGAGGCAAUAACAAUAAAGUACCUGCGUACCUUGAGAGGCAGCACAAUUUAAUUAGCGACCACCCUUUGUUGCGCUACAUCCUGUCUGGGUCGCUGCCUGCAGCUGCAGACGACGACGACGACAAAGCAAAAGUGCGCAGUUUUAUCAGCCAAGCCAAAUUGUGGGCGGAAUGUUAAUGUUCGUUAAAUGAUUCCCUUUUAGCGCGUCUAACGAAUACUGCGCGAGCUUUGACACGCGUGCGGAGAGAGACUAGAACGGGACCGGGCUUUAGCCCCAAAAUAGAACUGGUUAUCGGAACUACAAAAUGCUAAAAUAUUCUCGAGUCCAAAUUAUUCAGUUGUGCAUGUAUAUGAGGGAAGCUUGAGCUUUAAAAUUAUUCUUGAGUUAGUUGACUAAAAAAAUCGAAAUUCAAUUAAUUGUUGAGUUGUUUGUGUAAACGUGUUGAAUUCCUGCUCGUAAAGAUCGGUUUGAAAACCAGGCUUUGAACAUCUAUGAACCCAUAUUUGUGGAGAAGUUCGUCACAUUCCUUACAAUUUUCUAUCUAACGUCAAUCUAUUGUAA